UAUCUUUAUUACCUUUCUUUUUAUAUCUUCCAUGGUGCACAUAUUAGACCAUGAAACUGAUGGUUCACUAGUUUCAUCCACCUUGCUCGAUUAUAAUAAAGACAUAUCAAUACCCAGAGAACCCUCGGCUGAAUCAUUAUCUCCUCCAACAACUGAAGAAGAUGACGAAUACGAUGACGCGUUGAAUGUACCAAAAAGAAGACAUUUAAGUCAAAACCAAGACGAUCGAUCAUUGUUUUCGCCACCUAAUGUAGAUACUAUUUAUUUUAGCCAGCAAGACCAACGUGAUUUGCCAAAUGAACGCGAGAAAACAGAUACCACUCAUGAUAACAAUACUGCUGCAUCCUCUUCUUCAUCAUCUUCAUCUUCAUCACCCCAAACAACGGAUGGCCCUUGUACAGAAUGUCAUACGGUUGACACUCCUCAAUGGCGUAGAGGCCCUCAUGGUUAUAGGACUCUCUGUAAUGCCUGUGGAUUAAGAUGGGCCAAGCAACAGAAUGGAUUGACAAACAACAGUAACAAAUCAGUGCCAAAGAAAAAGUCAAAGACCAAAAAACGAAAGCAUGGUGAUUCACUUUUUGACAAGAAGGAAUAUAUCACUCAUGGCCUCUAUUCUGCUGAAACCAGAGGUGUACCCACUUUAACUCCACAGGCCUUUCAUGUACCCUUACCCAUUCAUCAAGGUGAAACCAUUCUGUCGACCGUCAAAGAUUUUGAACUGCCUCCUUACGUCCUUCAAGAACGAGAAUUGGAUCUUAUCGAAAGCUUGGUUCAUAAGGCGCCCCGGUUCAAGAAGAUCAAGACCAACAUCUUUGUCGGAAGGAAAGCCAGGACAAGUGAAAAAUAUAGUGUCACCUGUCAUUGCAAACCGCCUGAAAAGGAAGACGAGGUCGGCUGUGGCGAUAGUUGUCUCAAUAGAAUGCUCUUUUAUGAAUGUGAUCUCAAGUAUUGCCCAUGCGGAAAAGAGUGUACGAACCGUCGGUUUCACAAGGAUCAAGUAGAAACAGAUGUUGAAGUAUUCAGAACAGAAAAACGCGGUUGGGGUCUUCGCACCAAGGAAGAUAUCAAGAAGGGUCAGUUCAUCAUUGAGUAUUGUGGUGAAAUCAUCUCUCGAGAACUCUGUGAAGAACGCAUGUGCACUACUUAUGUAAACGAGAAGAACUUUUACUUUUUGGAGUACUCAAAGGGUGAAGUCAUUGACGCUUGCACAAAGGGAACAGAAGCAAGAUUUAUCAAUCAUAGUUGUGAUCCCAACUGUCAUAUCGAGAAAUGGUCGUACAGAGGUGAAGCUCAUUUUGGUGUGUUUGCUUCCAAGGAUAUACCUGCUUAUACCGAGCUUUCGUAUGAUUACAACUUUUUGACGUUUAAUGUAGAAAAUGCUCAGGUUUGUCAUUGUGGAAGUAAGCGUUGUAGAGGAGUCAUUGGUAAAAAGAUAACUGGUAAAAGAACAAGAUCAUAGCUUAAUAAUAAAGAGUAUCAUUAUAUUUUAAAAUAUUUCUUUACAUCAUGUCAAAUAAAGAGGUGGG